GGUAGUUUGACUUUACAAUCUUUCUUGAUUUUUAACUUCCUAACAAAUGACUCUUAAAUAUCUUCUUACUGGUGUUACUGGCGGUUUGGGGAAAGAAGUGCUUUCUUAUUUUGUUACCAAUGUCCCUGCAUCUGAAUAUGCUGUUGCAUCUUCCAAUGAAUCCAAUCGACAAAAGUAUGAAGACAAAGGCUUUGCUUUUCGACAUGUCAACUAUGAUGACCCACAAACUUUAGAAAAAGCCUUUGAAGGUGUUGAAAAUUUGUUCUUUGUCAGUACAAAUGUCUUUGACAAUAAACGUCGCGCUGUGCAACAUCAAAACUUUGUCGAUGCCGCCAAAAAGGCCAAUGUGAAACAUGUCUGGUAUACGUCUCUUGCAUUUGGAGGACUCGAAUCUCAAUCGAAGGUUGCAAUCCAACAAGUCCAUUAUGAAACAGAAGAAAUGCUCCAAACUUCUGGACUUAAUUUCACAUCCAUCCGUGAAGGUGUCUAUGUAGAUGCAUUCCCACUCUUCUUGAAUUGGUAUCCGGAUACAGAAACUGUUUACCUUCCUAGUAACGGAAGCAUGGCCCUUACAUCACGUAAGGAACUAGGUGAAGCAAAUGCAAAAUUAAUGAUCGCUGGUGGAUAUGACAAACAAAUUGUUCUUUUGACCACACAAGAAAGUGUUACUUUUUCCGACAUGAUUGAUGAAAUCAACAACACAACUGGUAGAUCUAUCAAAUUGGAAUUGGUUUCCCCUGAAGACUAUGUUCGAUUGAACUCUACAAAUGAUCAAGGUGGUAAACCUGCCCAGUUUUUUGAGACACUUGUAUCAUGGUAUGAUGGUAUUGCAAAAGGCGAAGCUAGUACAACCCAUCCUCUCAUGAAGAACGUCCUUGGUAGGGAACCUAUUACUCCAAGACAAGCAAUUCGAUCCUUCUUGACUGAAAAUCCAAAUUAUACAUGGCAUCAAAACUAUUUUAAUUAAAUCAAAUAAACUGUAGAUAUUCAACAUUC